CACCGUGUUACUUACUUCUUUCACAUCUCGUUCCAUAUAAAUCUUUUAGUAUUUGGUAAAACCCUAAUCGGCGGCUGGUGGUAAAGAUGAACGACGGCGGAGCUAAGUCGGAGACGCUGCUACAAGUUACAGAAAUCAAUGGAAGAGGAAGGAGUCUAGUAGCGGCACAGCCUCUACGUGCCGGACAAGUUGUCCUCAGAGAGUCCCCUCUCCUCCUCUACUCUGCUUUCCCAUUUCUCUCAUCACCUCCUCCUCCUUACUGCGACCAUUGUUUCCGACUGUUAUCUCAAUCAGCUCAGAGAUGUCAAUCUUGCUCUCUCGUCUCCUUCUGUAGCCCUAACUGCAUCUCCUCUCACACUCCUUGGCUCUGCGAAUCCCUUCGCCGCCUUCACCAAUCGUCCUCCGCCGCGUUCGCCGAUCAAUCUCCAGAACGCCAAGUCCAAGCUCGGUUCCUCCUCUCCGCUUACAACCUCGCCGCCGCUUCUCCUUCCGAUUUCCAGAUCCUGCUCUCUCUCCAAGGCGGUGGUGAAAAUGGAGACUCCACUUCUGAGUUCCUUCACUCUCUUUUAUCCGCCGUGUGUCCACCUCUUCCAGUUCCGAUCUCGCCGGAGCUCACGGCGGCUCUACUGGCUAAGGAUAAGGUUAACGGAUUCGGUUUGAUGGAGCCGUUCGCUGUUACGAACGAGAAGCGAUCGGUGCGAGCGUAUGGGAUUUAUCCGAAGACGUCGUUUUUGAAUCAUGAUUGUCUCCCUAAUGCUUGUAGAUUCGAUUACGUUGACUCUGCUUCCGAUGGUAAUACUGAUAUCAUCAUUAGGAUGAUCCAUGAUGUUCCUCAAGGUAGAGAGGUCUGUUUGAGUUACUUCCCUGUCAACAUGAACUACUCGAGCAGACAGGAGAGGUUGCUUGAUGAUUACGGUUUUAGAUGUGAGUGCGAUCGGUGUAAAGUGGAAUCUAGUUGGUCGGAAGAUGAGAACGAGGAUAUGGAAGAGAUGGAUGGUGAAGAUGAUGAGGAAGAAGAAGGAGUUGGAGAAGGUUGUGGGGACGGUGUGGAUGAUGAUUCUAGUUUCCCACACGCUUACUUCUUUGCGAGAUAUAUGUGUGAGAAGGAGAAUUGUUUUGGCACUCUUGCUCCGUUACCGCCAAAGGGUCAUGAUGUUUCGAGGCUUCUUGAAUGUAAUGUUUGUGGAAGUGUUAAGGAGGAUGAAGUUGUCGGAAACGCUUAAGACAGAAGGAAGGUUAGCAAAAUCUUGAACGGGAAGUCUCGAAAUCUCUC